UAUAAACCAGGCUUUUUAAUACCUUCCAAAGUCCACUUAAAAUGGGGCAUAUAUUACUAUACUGAGAUUACCAUUGUAUUAUUCUGAACACUAGGUCUAGACAUUUUUAUAGAUAUUUUAUGUAUUUAAUUUUUAAUUUUUUGCAUUCUCAGUGAUUGACCAUUUGGUAUUAUUUUUCACAACAGAAGAAAUUUAGAUCAUGAUGUAACCUGAUUUUUUGUAAACAACAAAACUAAAACGCAGUGUAUCAUAGUGUUGGCUUAACCGUAAUUGCUUCCUGCCUUUGGAAUUUUAUGAAAAUAAAAAUAUUCUAAUUAUAAAAGUUUUCUAUUAAUUUAUAUUAUGUGGGAUGUUCAGGUUAUCAUUAGAAUUGAGACUGUAGAUGCUCAAAAUCAGUACAUAGGUCUGCUGAAAUAGUUUUCUUCAGCAGUAUAGAAGAUAAGAUUAAAACUUCUCUCUUUUAAUUAAUGGGUUGACUGAUAGUUUUCACAGUCCAGAUUUUGAUGAUGUUUGGAGGGUGCAGAAACUAGUAGUAAGGUUCUCGACAAUUUGAGGUCUUUUAAGCUUAAAGAUGUUUCAUGGUAUUUCUUCUGUGGUUAUUUAGUCCCCCAAAAUAUGAGAUCUAACUAGAAACCCAGUAGCAUAUUCAUUGCAUUUUGUUUAGUUUACUUUUUGUGAUUAACUUCACUACAAUUAAAACUUUUUUUUUUUGAUAGCAGUGUUUUCUAAGGAUAGGGGUGUAUCCUUAAAUUCCAUAAUUUUAAAUUAAAAGAUAAAUGCCAAAUUUUCUUCUCCGGAAUACAGUUUUACAGGUGUGUUAUAGUAUUCGCUAUUAGCUUAAUGAUCAGGUUUAAAUACUAUUAAUCAGAUAUGAACUUAUUCCUUGGGUUCACAUUUAAACUCUGGCAUGUUGAAAUAAUCUAGGUCCCAAUCUGCACAUCUGAAUUCAUUUUGUAAAAUAUGGCAAACAGAUGCAUUUUCAAUUGAAAGCUGAAACAACUGCAGGACAUUAACCCAUUGAGAAGAUUACAGUAGGUUUUCAGUUCCACGGUAACUGUAUUUAUUAGUGAAAAUUGACUUGAGUGCUUCUGCUUUUAACAGACUUUUCUUUUUUAAUGUCUAGAAGAAAGGAAAUAGAGCAUUGGAAUGAUAGGACUUUGAUGUGUAAAGAAGUUAAUGUCAAAAGAAGUUAAUUAUCUAAAUCAAACAGAAUGUGGGUAUGGGAAAUAAUUAUUUUAAAGAGUCUAAUGAGCUAUCAGCUCAUCAUGUCAAGAAAAAUGUUAUUUACCUGUUUGAUAUAAAAAUUGACUUGACUGUGAAAGGAUGAUCAUGGUUAUAAUAAACUAGGUUUGGGUGACUGGAUUUGAAAAUGAAAAAGGAGCAGAUUGCUCCAGCAAUGUCUCAGGACAUUUGACCAUAGGAUGGAUAAUCCCAUGGAAUGGCAUGUCUGUCAAAUCUGAUGAGUCAACUCAGAUCAUAACAUUCUGGAGGCUGGGGUUACUACUUAAUUUUUGAGUUUAACAUGUUGUCCCAGAUAGCUCUGUCAGCCUUCUAUUGGGACAACAAGGGAACAUUUUCUGAGGUCUUUGAGAAAUCCAGGCUCCCUUUUUUUGCAUUUUGUCCCAAUUCUGCAGGACUGUUUAUGGAAGUCCUUGGUUUCCUAUUUUCUCCCAGUCUUGGACUUGUGAUUUUUUUUUUUUUUAAUCCAAGUCUCAAAUGGUUAUGUUUCUUUUCCUAUAUUAUUUGUAGAGAAAGUACUUACUCCAAAAGUCUUUUUAAACAAUGGCACAAAUUUAGGCUUCAAAAAUGUGAUGGUGUUUCUUAGCAUUAAGUUCUUCAUAUGUUUUAGAAUUUUGGUUUUCAGGCUCAGUUUGAGUGGAACGUUUUUGUUUUCCUUCUCGUUUUGUGCUCUUGCAUUCUUGGUAUAGUGGUUUUGGCCUGGCUGUUAGGGCCCUCAGACUAGACCAGAGGGAUAUUGGUAUAUUUCAAACCUAGUCACCUAGCUAGUGUGCUGCUUGCCUUAGAUCUUUGUCCUGUUGCCUUCUCAAAAGCUUCAUAUAAGGCCUAUCUCCAUCAGUGAUUUGUAGUAGCUUUUUUCCCCGUCCUUCUUUUGUGGGGCCCAGCCCUUCCAUCCCAGCCCUUGCUAAGUGACCCUGGUUUAGGUUCCCUUUAUGAAUUUUAUCAUUACCCACAGGAGUUGUUAGAUUAGAAAGAUGUAUUAAGAAGAUAAAUUUGGCUGCAGUUUGGAGAAUGAACUGAAAUGGAGAUAGAAGAUGUAGAUUAAGAGUUUUUAGGGGGCCAUAGCAGUAGGACAAGAGGGGAAGGAUGUGAGAACAUACAGCAAGUAGAAUUUACUUGACUUUUUACAAAUUGUAGGGUGCAGGAGAAGGAGUCCAAGGUAGUGACUGAGAUUUUGAGCCCAAGUGAGUAGUAGUCGUAGUGAUGUCGUCAGUGAAAACUAAACUUACAAAGAAGCUACUUAAUAUUUGUUUAGUUGCAUAGAGGUCUUUUAGUAAAAAUAUUUAAGUUUUACAAACUUGUGUGAUUGUGAAAAAAGGGUAAUACAUCUAAAUUUAUAUAAAAGCUUUUAGCAGAUCAAGAAGGGGAAUUCUUUUUUCUUCCUUAAUUUUCCCCGUUCGUGGAAGAGGGAGUUCUUAAGAUGAAUAAUACUGCAGCUAGUCCAAUGUCUACUGCAACUUCAAGUAGUGGAAGGAAUACAGGGAAGUCUAUAAGCUUUGCAGCAGAAUUACAGAGUAUGAUGUAUUCUUUAGGUGAUGCUAGAAGGCCUCUUCAUGAAACAGCAGUUUUGGUAGAAGAUGUGGUACACACUCAGUUAAUUAAUCUGUUACAGCAAGCUGCUGAAGUUUCUCAACUGCGGGGAGCAAGGGUAAUCACUCCUGAAGAUCUUCUGUUUUUGAUGCGCAAAGAUAAGAAAAAACUUAGAAGAUUGCUAAAAUACAUGUUUAUCCGAGACUACAAAUCAAAGAUUGUCAAAGGCAUCGAUGAGGAUGAUCUUCUCGAAGACAAAUUGAGUGGCAGCAAUAAUACGAACAAAAGACAAAAAAUUGCUCAGGACUUCCUCAACUCUAUUGACCAGACAGGAGAACUUUUAGCAAUGUUUGAAGAUGACGAAGUUGAUGAAGUUAAACAAGAAAGAAUGGAGAGAGCAGAAAGACAAACUCGAAUUAUGGAUUCAGCUCAAUAUGCAGAAUUCUGUGAAAGUCGACAACUAAGUUUCUCCAAAAAAGCUUCCAAAUUUCGAGACUGGUUGGACUGCAGCAGUAUGGAGAUAAAACCCAAUGUUGUCGCAAUGGAAAUCUUAGCAUAUUUAGCGUAUGAAACUGUGGCACAGUUAGUGGAUCUGGCUCUGCUUGUGAGGCAAGACAUGGUAACUAAGGCAGGGGACCCCUUCAGUCAUGCCAUUUCUGCAACCUUCAUUCAGUAUCACAACUCUGCUGAGAGCACUGCAGCCUGUGGUGUUGAGGCUCACAGCGAUGCCAUCCAGCCCUGCCACAUCAGAGAGGCCAUUCGACGCUACAGCCACAAGAUUGGCCCGCUUUCCCCAUUCACAAAUGCCUACCGCAGGAGUGGGAUGGCUUUUCUAGCCUGCUGAUGUGACAACUGUGAUGUGCCCGCAACAACAGGAAAGGCAGUGUUAUAUUAAGGUGAUUUCUUGUGAACAAAAUAAAAUGCAAAUUUACCUUUCUUUUAUCUGAGGGAGUGGGCUGGUUUGUUGUGACUACCAACUUGCUGACUCCUGCUCUUUUCCAGCCCCUCAACCAUCAGUCUUGUUUACUAGAUGGGCUGUUCAGCUAAUUAAUGGCAGGAUGUUUAGGAUAGUGUGUAGGUGGACAAGAAUGCAGAUCACACAAUUUUGAAAUUUUAAUUUGAGUAGAUUUACUGCCCUCAGUUCACAUAUCUUAAAAGCAGUGGUUGCCCCGGUCCAGUCUUUUGUCAGUGUUUUAUUUGAUACAUUUUAUAAUCCAGGUUUGGAAUAAGGAAACAAAAUUAAAAGGACAGUGAGUUUUCACCUUCCCUUAUACCAUCAACUUUACUUUCCAACAUUUGUUGACUACAUGUAUUUUAUUGACAGCUAUCCACUUUAUAAACUUACAGUAAUCAAAGAUUUAACAGACCUGAUAAAUCACCUGUUCCCACCUCCUUUCCCCUUCACUCCACUUACAGUAUGUGUCAUUUUCAAUGCCUUCUUCCCAACUUCCUGCCAUCUGCCUUUCAUGUGUGUUUUUCCUCACACAGAACCUCUUCCUCCAUCUUCAUUCCCCUCCUUUUCCUGUUCCUCCAAUCCCCAGACCCACCACUCCUGCACAUGCCAUACACAUUUAGAAGCCAAGUAUUCAGAAUUAGUAGAAGGGGAGCAGAGUGAUUUCUUGCUUCCUCCCUUCAAAGCACUACCACACCUAGACUGGAAAUGUGGGCUGGGUAAUUUCUUGCUGUUAGCAGCCGAGCUACCCUUCUGGCAGCUAUACUUUCUCCAGUAAAUGAGGAACCGUAACUCCUCGGAACAAACCAAAAUAUAGCAGAUGUAAGUGUAUAGUUCCUGAUUAAACUUCAGUUGCAAAACAAGAAAGUUAUUUCUUUAAUUCUGUGGGAGUUUUGUAUAAUUUUACUUUUAUCAUGGAUUUUACACACACUUGAAACACUCUCUCUAAAGAAUAAAAACAGAAAUGAGAAA